AUUCGCAACACAUCGUUACGGAACAAAAAAAUCGAAAUUUUCAAUAUUUUUCUCCCGCAACGGUUUUUGAGGAAAACGUGCGUUUUGAAAUUUUUAACAAAAAAAUUUUGAAAAAAAAAAAUAAAUUCCCAAAAAUGUUAAAGUGGACGGCCUCGGCAACAAAAAUGCCCCAGGAUACUCCUGUAGCACAGCGGCGAACACCACGUUCCACAGAUGCCAAACGCCGCCGGAGACGGGCCACCAUUGCCAAUAAGGAAAAUAUACCCAUUUUGACCUCAACACCCAUGGUCGCCAGGAAUUCGAGAAAUAGUCCCUUGGUCUUGACCCCCUUGGCGGAUAUUUUAAAUGUAACACCUGAGGCAAUCGCCAGCCCCAGUGGAACACCCGAGCGUAGAAGGGUUGCCAGUGAAACGGUGUCGAUUACACGGAAUCGCAAUCAGCGAAGGCAUUCAACUUUGGGUCUGACCCUGCCGGCGGCGGAGGUACCCAAAUAUGCCACCACUUUGCCUAAAUUCGAGGAGGAGUAUUCACCCAAUGCCAUGUUCACGGGCCAGCAGUUGGCCUUGAGGGGUCUGCUGCCAGAUCCUUUUAUGGUAAAUCGUCGCUACUUCACCACACCCCAGGUAAUGGAACAGGAGGUGAAACAAAUUUCCUCCUCCUCCUCCUCCUCAGCCUCAGCCUCAUCCUUGCCCCAAAAACGCAAACUGGAAUUGGAUUUUUUGGCCAUUGCCCAGGAACAGGAGCAGCAGGAAAAUAUAUCCAGUGCCCCCAAGGAGGACCUGAAAAAUAAUACCGGCAUUUUGUCCAAUCGCAUGGGUGACCAGACCUUGGAUAAUUUAAUUGAUGCCAUUUUGGAUUCGGCCCGCAAGGAGGAAAAGAAAAAGAAGCCACGCAAGUCGACCUUUAAUUUGAGAAGGAGGACCCUGCUGAAGAACCAAGUGGAUACAGUGAAUGAUUUGAUCCUAUCCCCCUCCUAUGCGGCUGGUGAUGAUCCCUGUAGUGAUUUGAGUUUUUUGGGUGGCGAAACCAAGACCUUUGUGCGUCCCAGUACUCCUCAACCUGGCUCACCCAUUGUGGGGCCCCAGACGCCCAUACCAGCCACACCGCAAGCGGGUGUAAACUACACGCCCGCCGAGUUACUACAGCUGCCCACACCCAUGGCACCAAUCCAAAAACACCAAGACUCCUUCAAUUUGGCCACCCCGCCAGCGGCAAGGCCCAAUCUUAAACGUCGCUCCAAUUCCAAAUCCUGUCAAUCGUCAAGUGCCAAGAAAUACAAAGUGGACUCGAGGAACUAUUUUGAGGUUGGCCUGGCUCUGCCAUCCAUAUAUGUCUAAGAGAGAGAAAGAGAGAGUGCGGGAAAGGGGAGAAAAAGAGAGAAAUACCAAAAAUGCCUAACCAAAACCAAAAAACUACCAACGAAUUUAGACCAAAAAAGUCGCCCAAUUUUAUCCCAUUUUUUUUUUGUUAAAACUUCUUUCUGUUGUUGUUGACAAACGAGGGGAAUUGCUCUCAUAUUACGCUUAUAGUUUUUAAGUAUCUUAAUUUUAAAAUUAAUUUUUUUUUAAUAUUUUAUUUAUAAUUUUAGUUUUUAAGUAUUUGUUUUUUUUGCUGAGAAAAAAUUGACGCUUAUUUUUUUCUGGUCGGUGAAAAAAUUCCGCUGUUAUGUAGUUCGUUGAUACGUGUUUUUUCUAAUUUAAGUUUUCUAUUUUCUCUUCUGUUUCAAUUAUUUUUUAAGACAAAAAU